AUGGCGGACGACGCGGCCAAGGUCCAGGAGGGUCUGGAGGGGGUUGCUCUUGACGAGGCGUUCGCGACGAAGAAGAAGUCGAAGGCCAACAAGAUCGACCUGACGGACCUGGAGAAUGCAGAGGCCGAGGCGGACACGCCGGCGGCGGACGUGGACCUGGAGGCGGCGUUCGACCUGACGAAGAAGAAGAAGAAGACGAAGAAGAAGGCGCUGAAGCUGGAGGACGAGGAGGAGGGCGAGGGCGACGACGGCGACGAGGAGGGCGAGGAGGGUGCUCCGGCGGACCAGGGCGGCGCGCAGGUGCUCGGCGAGGAGGCCUGGCAGGGCACGGACCGCGACAUCACGUACGACGAGCUCCUCGGGCGCGUGUACGGCAUCCUGCGCGUGCAGAACCCGGAGCUGACGGGCGAGAAGCGGCGGACGAUUCUCAAGCCCCCACAAGUGGCGCGCGAGGGGACGAAGAAGACGGUCUUCACCAACUUCGCGGACAUCGUGAAGCAGCUCCAGCGCUCGCAGGACCACGUCAUCGCGUUCAUCCUCGCGGAGCUCGGCACCUCGGGCUCCGUGGACGGCCAGCAGCGGCUGGUGGUGCGCGGCCGCUUCCUCCCGCGCGCGUUCGAGAACGUCCUGCGCAAGUACAUGAUCGAGUACGUCAUGUGCUCGUCCUGCAAGAGCCCGGACACGCACCUCGACCGCGAGCAGGCCACGCGCCUCAUGUACAUGCGCUGCAACCAGUGCAACGCCAGCCGGACCGUCGCGCAAAUCAAGACCGGGUUCGCCGCGCGCGUCACCUCGCGUCGCUCGGAGCGCGCCUGA